AGUGACAGUUCUUCUUCACCAGAUGAGGUUGUGGGAAGGACCAACCCUAGUAUACUGAUACCGACAGACGAAAGGUCUACAACAGAUCUUACGAGUAUUGAUGAACAAGACGAGGAUGACUACGAAAGUUAUGAGGACGAGAAUGAGCAGGAACAGGAAGAUGAUCGUGACAAAGAUGAAGGAGGAGAAGAAGUGGAAGAUGAAGAUAGCACAGUGCCUUCGGUAACAGAAGAAGGAAAAGAAGGGGAGGAAGGCAAGGAUAGCACUACGACUUCGACAACUAUCUCAACAGAGGUAUCUUCUGCGGAGACCGACGCAUUUGAAACAACGAACGAAGACGGUGAAGAUACGACGCCAACAGCAACCUCAACCCUAGCAGGGCUAGAGAGCACCUUGACAACAAUGAAUGAGGCAUCAACUAAGAACACUCCGCCGACAACAUCACGACCUUGCUUCGAUAAAAUCAACCCAAAUACCGGUAGAUCUGAUUGUCCUUUCCGAAGAAAUUUGUGUAUGGAGUCGAGAUAUAUACAGCUUAUGCGAGAACAAUGCCCUCGUACAUGCGGUUUCUGUGGCUUAAGAAGAGUCCAAAAAGCAGAACCUGAUCGAUGCAUGCAACGACUUGAUCAACCCUCGAACAGGACGUUCCGAUUGCCCGAAUCGUCGGCCGCUUUGCAGGAACAAUGUCUAUCAAAAAUUGAUGACGGAGCAGUGUCCUCGCACUUGUGGAUUUUGCAAUACAAGAUUUAUCAGGGCCACACAGACUCAAAAGGACUGUGCGGAUUCGUUACCAAGCGUCGUGUGUCUUACCAGGCUAAGAUUCUGCCAGGACAACGACACACAUAUAAGGCGGCAAAUGGAAGCACAAUUGGCGGUCCUGCCUUGAAGGGAUGA